GAACUGAUUGACAAAUGUAUCGGUUCUCGGAUUCACAUCAUUAUGAGAAACGAUAAGGAAAUUGUGGGAACUCUUCUUGGAUUUGAUGACUUCGUCAAUAUGGUGUUAGAAGAUGUGACCGAAUACGAAAGUACUCCAGAAGGACGUCGUGUCACUAAAUUGGAUCAAAUCUUAUUGAAUGGAAACAACAUAACAAUGAUGGUUCCCGGAGGAGAAAUGCCAGACAAUUGA